GAAGUUUUUCCGCGUGUUUACCUGAGGGCUUUCCUCGCGUUUUGACCCUUUUUCGUGCAGUCACUCGUUUAUCUGCCAUUCGUUUUGUGAUGUUGUUUCGCAGGGUGGUUCUGGCCGCGGUAGCGGUUGCUACAGCCUCUGCUGGGCCAUGCAAGCCUGUGAGUUCCAAGCCGUCUGUCUCUUCAUCCGCCGACACCAGCAUUCCUUCUACAACUGCUUCGGCUGAAGUCUCAGAUGCGACCCGUACUGCUACUUCAGGGUCUUCUGGUACAGAAGCAUCCACUUCUGUGACCAUCAGCUCUGAGACCGUCACGUCUGGGGGUUCCACCACGUUGGCUUCCCUGCUGUCCAGUUCUGGAUCUGAGGGUAUCACGACUGGUACUACCGACGUGGAUACAACGACUGAGCCUACUGCCGAGCCUACCAGCGUUGUCACCACUGAACCAUCGACAACUCAGCAUACUACGACCGAGGGCACAACCACUGAUACAACCGCUGCGCCAACAUCCACAUCCGAGUUCUGUUACGACAAUGCCUAUGUCAUCUCAAUGCUGGCUUUUGACCCAGUCGCCUCUCCCUUUUGUGUCAGCUACCUGUCCAUGACCACGCAUACCAUCACUGACUAUGCAACAUUCGAUCCUACAACGACCAAUACCGGGCCGUCGGAGGUUACAGUCACAUCGACACGAUCGAUCGAGACCAUUUCAUGCCUUGACACGGCUUACUCCUACGUUGCGCCAGUUCCUACUAUCGACGGAGGCAGUGCGCAACCAGCAAAGCGUGGCCAGGACGCAAUCGAGGUCCCUGAAGCGAUACCUUCCGACUGGACUGAGGCUCAAACCUCUGAUAUCUGCUCCUGUCUUGAUGUUGAAGAACCUACGGCACACGCAACCGUUACUGAGUACCCGACCGUCACAGCCUGGGUCGUCGAGACUACCUUUGCUGAUAGCAACGACAUCGCCUACCGACGGUUCGCCUGCCCUUUCGACGCCAACCUCUACGAUGAUGGUUUCGGAAUAAACUACUUCAAAGGCAAGCCCGUGUUAUCGUCAGGCAACGCGCAGAGCUUCCAAUUCGUCACCUGCGACAGUCUCACGCUCGGCAGCAGUGAUACUUUCGACGCCUCCCAGGCAGCACUCCUCUUCAAUGCAUAUUUCUACGCCAAAGAGACGGGAACCUAUACGUUCUCUAUUCCUAAUGACAUUGAUAACUGGGGUUACCUCUGGGUCAAUGACGCAGCGUAUACGUGGGAUUCCGGUGCGUGGGCUAUUGAGGGGACGCGAACUGGAGGUAAUCCUUCGCUGUGGAAGUCAGGAUCGUAUGAGGUUCAGUUGAACAAGGGUGAUGCUAUUCCGUUUACGUAUCUUUGGGCGAAUGGUGGUGGUUGUGGUGUAAGUGAUUUGACGGUGACGACGCCGAGUGGGAAGUCUAUUCCUGGUCUGGAGGGGUCGACUGUCCAGGCUUGCGAUCUGAACAAGUUCACUUAGGAUUGGUGAUUUUAAUUCUUUAUCUGUAUAUCUAUAUAACAGACUUACUCCUGUACUUACUCACACCUAAUUGACGUCUCUGGGUCUCCAGAUCGAUCGACGUGCAGUUAUAAUUAGAAAAGAAUUAGUUUACGAAGGCAAAAUGGCCGGAUGCCUGCUGGAUAUUAUGUAUUGUUUACAAUGUACAAUCGCAAGACACAAAAAGGAAUGGGAAGUGAAUCGUGAUAGCUACUAUAAGAAAUGGCCAUGAGGUAAAAUUAAUUAAGGAUGAAGCA